AUGGACUUUAAUGGUGUUGUAUGCCCUACUGGGUUUUCUCGGCCCAUCACUUUCAUUCGUGGAUGUACUCUUUGUACUGCCCUCCAGGACACUCUUUUGUAUUCAGACGGCUGCAGCGUGUACAUGAUUAAGGAGUUAGACUCUCAAAAGCAGGAAGAAACCCCUGGUACCGCCAUAGAACCUCUCCAACUCAUUUUUCUAGACCAAAGGGAAGCCAUUACAGAUUCCGACCUCAUCAUCGUCCUACAUGCUCUUCCAGACGCACCAAAGAAGCACGUUGCCUUAGCCACGCUUGGUGGAGCUGUGUAUCUUGCAGAACUGGCAGACUCAAUGCUUUAUUUGGCGAUGCUCCAUCAAACAGAAUGUUAUGGGGCAAAAGCCUUUCUGUCGGGGAUUGUCAAGGGUCGAAAACUCCUUGGCGUUCUAUGCACGAGUGCAUCGCACCUAUUUAUCUUUGACGUAGAAAAGGCCACGCUGCUAUUUGAGACCUGUAUUGAUGUCGAUGUUCCUGUUUCAGGUGUAUUUUCUGGUAGCAAUCUAUACCUAGUUUGUAGGCAGUCUCUCAUUGCUUAUGAUGUCGUCUAUCAACAGGAUACCUCUGUUAGCGUGAUGUUUAAGUCCUUCGCACGGCUGCCGUUGAACGGCGCGCGGGUCCUUUGCUCGCGAUUUUCUCACUCGGGAAUAUUCCUUUUAGGUCUGAAUACGCGCCAAGUUUGCGCAGUAGAUAAGACAGGAGCGUCUGUUUCCACAUGGUGUAAGGUGAGCAAAUACGAACCGCUCUAUGUAUUGGACUCCAGAGGGACGACAGGCACUGAACGAAUUACCAUCGCGGCAGUCUCUAACGAGGUAACCACACAGCAGCAAGGUAGUAAGGAGCGUGUCAGUGAGUUUCGAACUGACGGGAUGAUCAUAGGCAUGGCAGAAACGGCCACCUUCCUCGUAUUUCUGACAGAAGAGACCAUUUACUUCUAUUUUAGAGAUAGGAAACAAGCGGAGUAA